AUGUUCCCCACUCUGGCUCGGUUCUCGAAAGCCUCGCGGAGGCCGCUGACGCCCAAGCGCGGCAACAAAGACUACUACAAGGGCACCAGGCAAGCGUACCUGCCGGGUGGACACCGCACCGGCGCGCCCGGAAAACACGUCGUGCGGGGAAAGGCCAAGUACCGUCUCCUCGACGAGAAAGUGAGGGUGUUCGUGGCGCCGCCCAUCGACCAGAUCGUCAACUCUGCGGUUCGUUUUUCGUUUUAA